AUGGCCGGUGUGGCUGCGCACGCGCAGCUGCUGCCCGUGCCCGACGACAUCCUCGCGUGCGUCCUCGGCCGUCUCGAGCCACGCAGCCUCGCCGCGUCCCGCUGCGUCUGCAAAGGCUGGCGCGACGUCAUCGACGGCCGCCGCCUGCUGCGGACGACGGACCUCCUCCCGCUCUCGCUCUACGGGAUCUUCUUCAUGGAGAUAGAUGUCCUCUGCGCGGACCCCCCAAAGCUCUUCGCAGACCCGCUGACGAGCCCUAGAAUCGACGCAAACCUUGACUACGUGGAGGAGGAUGAUUUACGCAUUACGAAUCACUGCAACGGGCUUCUCCUGUUGUCGGGCCACGACCACCUGGUGCUCAACCCGGCCACACGGCAAUGGGUGCGCCUGCCUCCGCCCCCGCCGCGGUGCACCGAGAGUGGGAUGGAGGGCUUCUACGACGACGUCUGCCUUGCCUUUGACCCCACCGUGUCCCCCGACUAUGAGGUAUAUAUGGUUCCUAGCGUCCCCUGCAAUCUUGAUCCCACGGCGACAAUAUUUACGGAGGAAUCAGAGUGGCCGCCCUCGUCAUGUGCAAUACGAGUUUUCUCUUCAAGGACAUGGAGAUGGGAGGAGAGGUCGUUCCUCCGCAGAGGAGAGGCUGCAGGCACCAUCGCCGACAUGCAGCAAUAUACAAUGUUCCAACGCUGUUACACCGUCUACUGGAAAGGAGCGCUUUAUGUGCACUGUCAAAAUGACUCCAUCAUGCGCAUAACCUUAUCGGAUGGUGCGUAUCAAGUGAUUAAAUCGCCAACGGGCGGCAAAAUGGAUGGUUCUACACAUCUUUAUCUUGGAAAAUCAAGCAAUGGGGUGUACUGUGCUUUGAUUUAUCAUAAUGUUCAGCACCAGUUUCAGGUUUGGUUUCUAGAUGAAUCUUGUGGUAGAAUGGAGUGGGAGUUGAAGAAUGAUAUCAACUUUGCGCCGGUGAUGGCAAAAUUUUCUUUGGUCGAGUAUAAGGAUGGACUUCCCAACAAAAAUAAGUACAAGGAUCGAAACCUAAGACCUUGGAUCUUUCUGAGAGGUAAUUGUCUUGAUGAAGAUGUUAAGGAAGGACUAAUGGAAGAUAAUGUUGAAUGGGACUACAGCAAGGGUUUUAUCCUUGAGACUCGAGAUAUUAAGGUUAAUUGUGACCCAAUGCAUUUUAGAGAGGUCUAUUUCCUUGGAUUUCAUCCAUAUAAGGAGAUUGUCUUCUUGUGGAUGUCACGAGACACAGCAGUUGCUUAUGAUUUUAGUAGCUCUAAAUUACAAUACUUGGGCAAGUUACCCGCGCAUUGGAUCGGAUAUUCUUUUCCGUACACACCAUGUUGGAUAGGAGAGUUAUCUGAAAAAUAA